AUGGCGGACGACAGACGUCCUUCGCACGCGCAUGUGGUGCCUCCGUACCACCUCCACCCUCGCACCGACAUGGCCGCACCUCCCUCGCCUCCACGCCACCUGUCCGAUUCGCUCCCACCACAUCCUCCUCCUCCUCCUCCACCGCUCGGUACAAGCACCGGCAUUGAAGCGAUUCCCUACUCCUAUCCAGCCAUGAUGAACAACUCGUCCGACGAAGAAGGCCGCCCUCCCCGCUACACACGAGAAAAUGACCCUUUCCAACUCUCUUCCAAGCUCAAGAGCGACGCCGAGAUCGACUCUAUCCCGGCAAACACGGCUCGACGACGCAAGUUUCCAAAGCCAAAUGGCACCAAAUCCUCUGCAAAACAGCUCCAGGGAUUUUACAGGUCCCAGAACGCUAAUAUCGAGCGACUGCUAAAACCGGUCGAUGAGCACGUUCGACUCGCCCGCGAACUCAACACGCAGAACCAAUUGCGUUACAGGAUCGCCGUUUACGGCAGCUUCGCCGCAAAUGUGGUGUUGUCCAUCCUCCAGCUGUACGGCGCCAUCGCGUCUGGGUCCCUGUCGCUCUUCACAACCAUGGCAGACUCGGUGUUCGAUCCACUCUCCAACCUGACCUUGCUCCUGUGCCACAAAGCCGUAAAGCGGGUCGACGCACGCAAGUUCCCGGCCGGAAAGGCCCGUAUUGAGACCGCCGGAAACAUAUGCUUCUGCUUUCUGAUGAUGGCCGUGUCGCUCAUCCUGAUCGCCUUCUCGAUUCGAGACUUGGUUGACGGAAGCGAGGAGGAGACUUUACGAUUCAGUCUCCCGCCCGUCAUCGCAGUCAGCAUCGCUUUUGCCACGAAAUUCCUCCUAUUCCUGUACUGCUGGGCGCUUAGAAACCAGUACUCCCAAGUCAGAAUUUUAUGGGAAGAUCACCGAAAUGACCUGUUAAUCAACGGCUUUGGUAUCCUGACUUCCGUCGGAGGAAGUAAGCUGCGAUGGUGGAUCGACCCCAUGGGCGCCUUGAUCCUCUCGGUCCUGAUCUCCGCCCUGUGGUCGAAAACCGCAUACUCCGAAUUUCAACUGAUCAUCGGCGUUACGGCAGAUACCGAAAUGCAACAACUAAUCACUUAUAUCUCAAUGACCCACUCACCUCUGAUUAAUGCCAUCGACACCGUUCGUGCCUAUACCUCCGGACCCCGUCUUCUCGUGGAAGUCGACAUCGUGAUGGACCCGGAGGCAUCCCUCCGAGCAACGCAUGACGUAGCGGAAGAACUCCAGUUCAAACUCGAGAGUCUCCCGGACGUGGAGCGCGCACAUGUUCACGUCGAUUAUGAGACGACCCACAAACCGGAGCAUUUCUUGAAGAAGGAGCUGUAA